GAAAGAGUGUGCGUUAUCGAUUAAGGGAAUGGCGCAUGAGCUUCGACGGAGGCCCUGCUCGUGCUUACGCAUACUUUGUGCGACGGAGAUAACCAUAAUUUUGAUUUCUAUGAGUUGAAAGAGUUCGCGUGGAGGGAGUAGGGUGGGUUUGAGAAAGUGAUGAAUAUAUGGUCGAGCCGCAGGAGUGGGAGCGAGAGACCGAAGGGCGACAGACAGUUGUUUCACGCAAUAUGGCGGACGCCAACUGAGGAGGAUUUUUCGGUGGAGAAUAAUAAAGGACGGAAAAAAGGAGAGGAAGAAGAAGAGAAAAACAUAACAAGGAACUGGACAAGCGAGUAGGAGGAACGGGGCAGGCAGCGAAAAUCAAAUUGGACGAAAGGAUCAGGGGUUGUGCUUCUGUUGUGUGGAAACGUGCUGGCUCGUGGCGGUCGCAGUGAAGAUGUUUCGACCCGAACAGCCGGACUAAAGUGGUUGCGAGAUGUUUAAUCCAACGUGAGAAGAAGGAGGAAGAAACAGACUGCUUACUGGUUCUCCUGCAUCCCGCGACUAGAACACCUUCACGAAGGAAGCCACGGGGCGACGGAGUGGUGCUCCCUAUUUAUCCUUGCAUACCGGAUCGGGUGAAGAUCCAAGUAAUACAGAAUAUGGCGAUGCGCGCUCUGUUGUUUUUGUUGCUGGCGCUCUGAGCGAGCAGGAUUUCUCCUGAAUUCGGAUGCCAACCCUAAGACGAAGUGACCAUGAAUACGGUGAACGCUGGCGGAGACCUUUACGACUUCAUCUGCGAGGAGAACUCGCCAAAAUGGAAAGGCCUCCUGAUGACAGCCCUAAAGCGAGUCUUGGAACAAGUGCAUCCUUCGCUGGGUGCUAGAGAGGAAGCUCUGGAAUAUGUCGAACAAUUGUGUCUCAGGUUACUAGCUCUUCUUUGUGCCAAACCUAGCCCGCACACAGUUCAAGAUGUGGAGUACAGAGUUAGAAACACUUUUCCUACACCAAUAGACAAAUGGGCUCUAAAGGAAGCGCAGGAAGCUCUGGAGAGGGGCAAAAAGAAAUCGGUUCUGCCCGUGGACAAAAUUCACAAUCUCCUGCAAAAGGAACUGUUGCUCUACAAAGUGGAUUCAGGCGUGUCAUUGUUUCUCGUGGCCGUGUUGGAAUACAUUUCCGCGGAUAUUCUGAAGUUGGCCGGGAAUUACGUAAAACAUUUCAAAAAUGUUGAAAUUACAUUCCAAGACGUUCAAAUUUCCAUGAACGCCGACAAGACCACAGCUAUGGCUUUGAUGGAUAUGUUUUAUCAAGAUGAAGGUGGAGGUUCAAAUUCACUUUCGGAGGGCUCGGCGCUUGCGUCUCCGUCGACCGCUCCUCGCACCAGUCUUACCUACGAGGAGGUCGUUCGUGAACUGAUGGCCUCCGAACGACAGUACCUGAGAGAACUGCACAUGCUCAUACGAGUGUUCAGAGAGGAAAUAAUCAAAUUGACGAGCGAUCAGCGACAUUUGGAUGUGAUAUUCUCCAACAUCAUGGAUAUAUACGAACUCACGGUCACGCUGUUGGGCAGCUUAGAAGAUGUAAUGGAAAUGGCUCAAGAGCAAAUGCCGUACAUCGGAAGUUGUUUCGAGGAGUUGGCGGAGGCUGCCGAGUUCGAUGUUUACAAGAAGUAUGCAAAGGAGGUGAUGUCUUCUACUUGUCGGGAUACCUUGAACAACCUGCUGUCGAGGCCGGACGUCGACAAUGCCCUAAGCACAGCCUGGCAUGGCAUGAAGCUGGCACUGAAAUACUAUUUGCCGGCAUUGUUGCUCGGCCCGAUUCGCCAUUGUUUCACGUACAUGGAUUACAUCAAGUUGCUGAGGGGUUUAUCGGGAAUCGACGAAGACAAAGAGACGUUGAUACAAGUUGAAGGUUUGCUGAAGCCGCUACAAAGUGAACUAGGUCGUUGUAUGUCGCAUUCGAAGCCGAGAAAUACGCAGAUGCAUGCGAGGGCGCGACGACAAGCAGCUUUACACAAGAUUCACGAGCUGGAGAAGAUUGUUGAAAAUUGGGAUUCCAAAGAUAUAGGACAGUGCUGCAAUGAAUUCGUGCGAGAGGAUGUACUCAUGAAGGUAGGUUCUGGCGGAAAACGACCAACCAAUCGUCGCGUCUUUCUUUUCGACGGCUUGAUAAUUCUUUGCAAGCCUAACUCGCGCCGUCAGAGUACGGUGCACACCAGUCAUCCCGAAUGUAAAUUGAAGGAGCGAUUCUUCAUUCGCAAAGUAGAAAUCAUAGAUCAUCAAGACACGGAAGAGUAUCGAAAUGCUUUCGAAAUAUCGCCACGUAUGCAACAACCAAUCAUCUUGUGCGCUAAAAGCGUAGAAGACAAGAAUUCUUGGAUGGCCGAUUUAGUGAUGCUGAAUACAAGAUCAAUGUUGGAGCGAAUACUGGAUAGCAUACUCACGGAUAUGGAGAGGAAGCAUCCAUUGAAACUACCUUCACCUGACAUGUACAAAUUUGCAGAACCGGACUCGCGAGAUAAUAUAAUUUUGGAACAGAGGGAGAAUGGCGGCGUGCCUCUGAUAAAAGGAGCCACGAUCUAUAAAUUAGUUGAACGGCUAACUUACCACAUAUAUGCGGAUCCUAAGUUCGUCCGCACAUUUCUUACCACUUACAGGUCGUUCUGCGCUCCUGCCGAAUUGCUCGAACUACUCAAAGAACGUUUUAAUAUACCGAAACCGUCUCUGGUGUACGAACAGGAUCCUAACGAUACCGAUAAGAUGCAGAAGAAUUCGCAACGCGAGGAUUGGAAGCGCUAUCGGAAAGAGUAUUGUCAACCGGUGCAAUUCAGGGUGUUAAAUGUGUUAAGACAUUGGGUCGAUCAUCAUUUCUAUGACUUUGAAAGGGACCAGGCUUUGCUGGACAGUCUACACGCUUUCCUCAAUUCGGUUGAUGGUAAAAGCAUGCGCAAGUGGGUGGACAGUGUGUUGAAGAUCUUGCAGAGGAAGAAGCCAGAUGCCCAGCGCAUGAUUAAGUUUGCCUUCGAUGAUCAACCGCCGCCCAUCGAAUGGCAUCUAACGAAGAACGAAGAUGAAUUUGCUCUCCUCACGCUGCACCCUGUCGAAUUGGCUCGGCAACUUACCAUUCUCGAGUUUGAUCUCUACAGAACAAUCAAACCGUCCGAGCUAGUCGGGUCCGUGUGGACUAAAAAAAAUAAAGAUAAAACUAGUCCAAACCUUCUGAAAAUGAUCAAACACACCACAAACAUAACUAGGUGGUACGAGAAGAAUAUCGUCGAGGCAGAGAACUUUGAAGAACGCUGUGCAAUUGUUAACAGGGUAAUAGAGAUUAUGACGCAUCUGGACGAGUUGAACAAUUUCAAUGGGGUGCUUGCGAUUGCCAGCGCUAUGGGUUCAGCAUCAGUUUUCCGACUGAGGUGCACGUUUCAGGCAAUAACGCAAAAUAAUCGGAAAGUGCUGGAGGAAUGCCGCGGUGCUGAUGACCAUUUUAAGAAGUACCAGGAGAAAUUGCGCUCCAUAAAUCCUCCGUGCGUACCGUUUCUGGGCAUGUAUUUAACGAACAUCCUGCAUAUUGAAGAAGGAAAUCCGGAUUUCCUGCCGAACACGCAGCUCAUUAACUUCUUCAAGCGUAGGAAGGUUGCCGAAAUCACUGGAGAAAUCCAGCAAUAUCAAAAUCAACCAUACUGCUAUAACGUUGAACCAAAAAUCAAGCAUUUCUUGGAGACGUUGAAUCCGUUUGGUGAUAUGAGCGACACCGAUAUUAGCAAUUACUUGUUUAACAAGAGUAUCGAAAUUGAACCAAGAGGCUGCAAACAAGUUCCAAAGUUCCCUAGGAAGUGGCCUCAGCUUUCGCUGAAAAGUCCCAGCACGAAAGCGAAGCAGUCUCGUACUAGUGUAACAUCCACGAACACGGUGUUCAACACGCACCCAGUGCCAAAGAUCGAAGAAGAAGUUAAAAAGGUGCCGGAAGAACCCGCAAAGAACGAUAGCGAAUUUAGCGUUUUCGCCCAAGUCCAUAUACCUACUGGACAGAACAGUCCAACACUCAGUCCGGCAUCGCCUGCGACUUCUACGACUUCAUUGAUGAGUUGGUGGCAAGGACAUAGUCGUAGUCCGAGCGUUAGCUCGACGACGUCUGCAUUUAGGGCCCAGCCGAUCCCGCUCAGACCAGAACCCGCAUUGCCUCCAACUCCUCAUCGAUACAACCCGCAGCACUUCACGGUAACGGCGCCGAGCAGUCCAGGCCCUCACAGCCCAGCAUCUCCUGGUCCGCACGCCCUUCCCGAACCUCACAGUCCUCACGUUUUAUCAUCAACGCCGCCACCGUUACCGCCACGCAGACGUCGUGAUAGUCCCGAAAUCAAUUCUCCUCAGCAGGUUUCACCCAAGGUUCCGCACUAUGGCCCUCACAAUCUAAAGAUUAAACAGGCUCCAGAUGCACCGCAGUUACCUCCGAGGGAAUGUUCGCCGCCACCGUUGCCGCCACGCAGGGAACCUGGUGCUUCUCCGAAUGCUCACCACACUCUCACCUUCGGAUCUACUGGUACUUCGCCUCGUCUUCAUCCUACGCAUACUUCACAGUUACACAUUAGACGUCACUCCAACAUCCAUCCUCAUGCUCCUGUUAGGUCGCUCAACCAAACAUACAAUGGAGGGACAAGCUUGCCACCCCAACCACCUAGUAUUUCACCCCGACUUUUGAGUGAUUCGAGUUCCGGCCAGUCGACCCCAAAAUUGCCACCCAAACCCGCUAUUCGGUCAGCCGGACUCACAACUGGCACCAUGUUCCAAUAUCCAAGCACGACAAACACUUAAUGAUUAGGCGUAGACCAAAAACCGUCACCACUACCCCCCGUAUCUUUAGAAUGAAUGCACCUGACAUCACAUAUUUAAUAUUGAAAUUAAUUUGAAAAGAACAAAAAAAACAACAACAACAACAACCUCUGACUGGAGAUUAGACGUGUCUUGCAGCCCUACAUCAGUACACAAUUUUUCAAUGAAUGUUUUAAUGUGUGUAAAAAAAAUAUCUAUAUGUAAAAUAUUGUAUAUAUGUACAUUCUGUGUGCGUUGCCAAAACAGAUUGUAAUUUUAAUUGGAUUUCGUUUUGUGCACAACGCUCUGACAGGAAUUGUUACUAUAUUUAAACACCUUUUAUUUUAUUAUUAUUUUUUUU